AGGAAACAUACUUGUGUCUGCAAGGGGCACUUUUCAUAGUAGGACUUGGUGGCUUCGUGGCAACUUAAGUGGACGUUGCAUAUUUGAAACAUAGAUACUAAAUGGAGAUUACUUUUUUCUUUUCUCAGAUUUGGAUAUUCUUGGAAGACUCAAUGUCUCUCAGCACUAGGUUUCUCUGGGAGAAUAGGAAUGCCUAAUCUAAUUCCUGGGAUUCUGUCAGUUAUAGCAGAGGAUUGUAGGGCACUCUUCUCAUGUAUAAAGAACUUGUAAUAAGGAUGGGGAUAAUAAUGUUGAUGUUAUGUCUGUCUCCUCCUAGGAAACUGCUUGCUGGAAAUAAGUGACUGAAGGCCAACAAACCUGAAAGACUUGAAAGAAGAAAUCUAGUUUCUACACGAUCAAAUCUGAAUUAAAUGGCUGAUAAACAGAUCAGUUUACCUGCCAAGCUGAUCAAUGGAGGAAUAGCUGGGCUGAUUGGCGUCACCUGCGUAUUUCCUAUUGACCUGGCAAAAACUCGCCUACAGAAUCAGCAGAAUGGCCAGAGGAUGUACACCAGCAUGUCUGACUGCCUCAUCAAGACAAUCCGGUCUGAAGGCUACUUUGGCAUGUACAGAGGGGCUGCAGUGAAUCUGACAUUAGUGACUCCAGAAAAAGCAAUCAAGCUAGCUGCCAAUGAUUUCUUCCGAUAUCAUCUUGCCAAAGAUGGGAAGAAGCUGACGCUGCUGAAGGAAAUGCUGGCUGGCUGUGGGGCAGGGACCUGCCAGGUGAUUGUCACCACUCCCAUGGAGAUGCUCAAAAUCCAGCUGCAGGAUGCAGGCCGAAUUGCUGCCCAGAAGAAGCUAAUGGCUGCACAGGCACAGUUAAACCCUUCCACCAGUGCAGGGGCGGCUGAGUCGGUCCUUGCGACACGGACAACGGCUAUGCAGAUUACAAGGGAACUGCUUCGGAGCAAAGGCAUUGCGGGACUCUAUAAGGGACUUGGAGCUACGUUGCUGAGGGACGUGCCAUUUUCCAUCGUUUAUUUUCCAUUGUUUGCAAACCUGAACAAACUGGGACAGAAAAACCACAGCGAAAAGGCCCCGUUCUACGUGUCCUUCCUCUCGGGGUGUGCGGCAGGCAGCACGGCUGCCGUAGCAGUCAAUCCUUGUGACGUAAUCAAGACGAGGCUGCAGUCAUUGCAGAGGGGAAUCAAUGAAGACACAUACUCAGGGAUAAUAGACUGCGCCAGGAAGAUCUGGCGGAAUGAAGGUCCCACGGCCUUUUUUAAGGGGGCGUAUUGCAGAGCUCUGGUCAUAGCCCCGCUCUUUGGUAUUGCACAAGUUGUCUAUUUCAUCGGCAUUGCUGAAUUCAUCCUAGAUAUGCUUCCGAGGCGCCGGGAUUAACCCCUCACACCUUUCCCUUCCCAACUGGAAUCCGUCGUAUCCUCUUUGUCAUCGUGGUGUCAGAGCAAUGGCACAAACGGUCGAAGCAGUCCCAGUGGGAAUGAGUGUUGUCUCCUAUUAUUUUUCCUCCCAUCAAGAUGGCCCCCUCCAUUACCCCAGGGAGGAUCCCCAAGUCAGGCCUCCUUUUUAAUUACCAGUCUCAAAGACGCUGGCUAGCACUCUUGUGGAUAGGGGAAAGUGAGCCUCCCGUAUCCUCUGAAUUCUCAACACAUCAGGAAGAAGCAAAAGAACAGGACUUUUCUCCACUGUCCCCACUCUUGGUACCAGGCCUCUGAGGAAGCUGCGGGACUGGUACCCAUUAAAAGGGAGGUCAGUUUAUCCAUUGAGAAGGCAGGUAAUUACUGAAGUCAACAUGUUUGGUUUUCGAUAGGCCGGCUAAUCAUCUCUCCCCCCAGAUUAGCAGGACUUUCCGGAAAUUGAAGGAGGGGGAAAAGGGAAAGGUGCAGCUUACAUUUUGAUUUUAUGAAAGGGACUAGCUUCCUAAAAGGGUGUACACAGCAAAAUGCACUCCCUGCAGUUGUGCACCUGACCACUAAGGAGCUUGGCUGUGGAAACAGUCCUAUCCAGUGUCACGAACUAUUUGUGAGCCAUUGCAGUCAAGGGGAAACUGAAUAAUUUUGGGAUCAGUCUGUUUUUGUUUUUAGUGCUGGAUAAAAAGAGAAAACCAACUCAGUAAUACAUUCCUUUCAAUCAGCCUGGCUGGUGCUGGUAAUGCUGCUGUUCCACCUGGGGUUUUCGGUGUCUGUGCUUUUUUGAUCAGUGCCCAGAGGAUGUAUAUUCCUUUCCUGUGCCCCUUUGGGACCACAGAUAAUCCAAAGGCGCUUUUGGGAAAAGUUUAUCUUUGUUUUGGCUGUUAAAACUGCAGAAUGCCAGAUGAAGACAUAGCUUAGCUGAAAGCACUGGAAAAAUCCUGCACAUUUGAGGUUCAGGUGCACCAGAGUCAAAAGAAUCAGUUAGAUCAGGCAGCUAGGUUACCCAUUUUGUUUUGUUUUUAUAGAGGCCAGCUAGUUUUCUUAUUGAGGCAAAAACCGGCAGCUGGGGGUGGUUUAUGUGACUGUAACUUCCACCAGGACAACUGUGUGUAUAUAUUUUCCCUCAAAAGUGAGGCCUAGUUUUCCUUUGUUCUUUUCAGAAGUUGCUUAGAAACAGCUUUGCUAGAAACGUCAAAGAACUAAUGUUAAUGUUAGUAAUUUGCCUUUUGUUUUACUGGCCUGGUUUGUAUGAUCACAGAUAAGAAAUAAGCCCUGGGAAUUUAUUGUCCUUCCAUGGUUAUGCAAAAUGGGCCAGUUGUAUGCCAGUCACAUGCUAGGGGAUUUGCAUAAAUACCCUUGACAGUACAGAUUGUUGUGUCAUGUGAACCCAGUCAGGGUGGCUUGUAGAACCCUACAACAGCCCAUGAUAACCUCUGCGGUAAGCCAUCCUGACCAAUUUCUUGUGAUAGCCUCUGUGACCAUGGGUGAUUAUGCAAAUCUCUGGCAGGGUGUGAGGAGGAAGCAAGUCACCAUGGCUAAUUUCCCCCUCUAGGAUAGUGCAAAACCCAUUCAACUGUCUUUGGCCCAGUUUUACUUAAUCUGGUCAGAUUAGUUACCUGCUGCUUAGGUGCUGACAUAGUUGUGACCUGGUAUGCCUGAUCAAAUAAACUCAUAUGGUAGCCUAAAUUUGGACACCUGUUCCAGAAAUUAACUGUUUCAUAGCUUGCUGUGUGAACUUGGUGAGGUUGAAUUGUUGGUUUGGUUAUCAAACUGCCUGGAACCCAUGAGCUAUUUAGGGUUGUGGUAAUUUAUUAAUCUCACUACAACCCACCUUUGCAUGACACAACAAGCUCUGAAGGGAUGGUUCAGGCACCCAUGUAACUGCAGCAGCGUACCAAUUUAACCGUUGCUGCUUGAAUUUCCAGCUGAAACUCUCUUAAAGCAGGGGUGGGAAAAUGGACGACUCUCUAGAUGCUGUUGGACUGUGACUCCCUUAGCAAUAGUGAGCAUAGCCUGUAGGAAGGGAUGAUGGGAGCUGCAGUCCAGCAACAUCCGGAGGGCCACAUACUCCCCAUUCUGGCCUUAAAGUUUUGCAAAAUGUUUUUGUUCUAUGAGCUGGGGGCACAAUACAAAUGCUGAAGACAACAUGUUUCUAGAGGUAUUUUCCUUGCACUGUGGGCUUCAUUUGCUUGUUGUUGUGCCUCUGUUGCUUGAAGUGAUGCUUGUAUCCUGGUCCAUUGAAAAGAAUUUUAUUCACAGAUGAUGUCUGUAUUUGCAACUGCCCUCCGUGUUCUUUUCAAUAUCUUUUAAUGUGCACGUCACUUUUGGUCCUGUUGAACAGCAAGGAGAGUUGUUAUUUUUAAUUGGCAUUUGUUUUUUUCCUGUGAUAUGUAAAUAAGGCCAAAAUAAUGAGGGGGAUCAUAGUGCAAUUUCCCUCCUUGCCCUGAAAUCAAAUGUUUGAAAAGUCUCUGCUUUUAGAUGGCUGAUUGGGGUGACUCACAGAAUAAUUGAGACAAAUUGCUAGGACUAGUUUAUAAUAGGGGCUAUAUUUAAUAAUUUAAUUUGUUUCAUUGCAUGCUGCUUUUUCAUCACUGUAAGUCCUUGUUCACCUUAGUAGCUAAUCGGUGUUUAAAACAUGUUUGCGCUGUCUCUCCCAUCCAAAUGGCCAAAAGCCAUCUCAAAGGAAGGCCUUAAGGACUCACUGCUGCCGCCACCAAAUACGCUGACACAUUUGAGCACACUAGAAAGUCACUGAUUCUCUACCAAAGCCAGGAGCAUCAGCAAUGAUGCGUUUUGGUAUUUCUGAAACAGAAAUCCUGCAAUGUUUUGGUGUUUUGAGAAGCACAAUCUUCAGGGUUACUCUAUGCACUUUAAAAAGCGAAGAGCAGCUGAGACCUCAUUUUAAGCAAUCCCUUGCAAGAGAUCCUUUAGAAAAGGUUUGUCAGCAAAGAAGAAAUGAAAUGGGACACAAACUAUAAUCUGUACUGGUAUGUGUGAGAUUUAUUGUUGGAAGCUUUAUUCAGGGGAAAUUCAGAUGAAUUCAAUUCCAAGUGAACCUUUGCCCAAAUGCAGGCUAGCAUUUAUGGAGAAAGACUGGUAGAAAGACAAUCAUCUGUGCCUAAAAUAUGUUCCAAACAGUAAUCCUGCUGCUUGUUUUACCAAGCAAGUUUCCUUCUGAGAAUGUGCAUCAGCACUGCUGCUGGUAGUGGGAAAAAAGCACUCCUUUUUUGGCAUAAACAGAAAUAUUCCUAAGCCCGCAUGUUUCUAAAUCAUGGUAUUCUUACUUUCCAGGCCUGUGUGCUGUCUAACACUUGAAAUGCUCAGUGCUAACAUACCUAUGCUGCAGACAUAAAAACCAUUUAUGUGAGUGUGAUUUAAUAUUUAAAAUAGUAGUGAGUGAAUGCUCAGCUGGUGUUCCUGCUUCUCAUGGGACCACAGUUCACUAGGCUCCAAAUGAGGAAGCUGUGAAAAAUUUAAAUUUGUGGUGUAGAUAGUAUUCUCUAAGGAAGGUGCUCUCUAGCUCCCAAAGGGUAUGUCCAACCUGGCCACUUAUUAGGGCUUUCAGACAUAAGGUCCAGGGAUUCAGCUAGGCCAUUGCAGUCUCCAGUGUGGGCCAUAGCAUCCCUCCCUCGUUCCACAGCCCUUUCAGGGAUGCCCCCUGUAGGGGGAAGAGACUGGCUUGGCAGUGGUGGCCAAGGCUUGCCAAGGCAUUUGUGUACCAAGCAAGUGACAUUGGUUGCCUCUGCAGCCAGAACUUGCCUGCAUCUCCAGCAGGACUUCUCGUUGCAUUUAUUUUUGUCGCUUUCCAGUUCCUCUUCUCCUCCUCCCCCCACCUCCACACUCCAGUGUGGUUUUUUUAGUGUGUGUAACAGGAAUUGCCUGCAGGUGAACAGCCCCCAGUUGUAUGUUGGCAGACAGAUAAACCAGGGGCAGGCCCUUGAGGCAUUGCUUGGUGCAGGAGGCUGGAACUCUUCCUUCCUGUGGUGAUGAGCCUUCUGCAGUGGUAGUGAUCAUUUGGAAGGACGGCUGGGGGACCCGUGUUCACUGUGGAAUCAGCCUUUUCAGAGAAAUACACGGAAGUAGUCCUUGGAUCUCUAGAAGGAGAAUUUGGCUCUCCAGCCCAUUUGGGUUUGACACUGAUGCUUUAAGUGGUGAUUCCUCAGACUUGCUUUAGGAGUCUUGCAUUACUCCAACACUGAUUGCUCCAACACCGACGCUGUAAAUACAUCUGCUUAUAAUGGUCUGUGUACAGAUGUUAACUUAAACAUGAGGUCACACCUUUUGUUUGUUAAUUUGGAAGAACAACUAAUGCCCGACAGCAUAUUUGCAGUCACCAGUGUAAUUACAGUCUCUGUUCUAACCAUAAUCAUGCACUGAAAUUAUGGAUGCCACAUUUUUGUCUCUCUACAAAAUUGUGGUUCUACUUUUGUACUCAUGGUCAGAAAGGUCCAAGUGUGUUAAGAGAAAACAAAUGUCUUAGUGAUUCUACACUGAGCAGCAAGUAACUCUUGAGUGCUGUAACUCAUUCCCUGAAUGGGGAUAUGUUUUAACAAACUGUGUCAGCAGUAAACAGUGGCAGCUUUGUAGUUCAACAGGGUUUAGGAAGCUCGUUAGCAGAUGAUUCAAAGAAAUUUAACAGACAAAUAUGCUGCUCCUUGUAGCAAAUGAUUCAAAGAAAAUUUAACAGACAAAUAUGCUGCUCCUUGUUGAAUUUUGACUUUUAAGUCAAAAAUGGAGAAUGUGAUUGAGAAUUCAUAGCUGUAAUUUAUAGCCCACAAUUUAACACCCUAACAAAUUCUUGCUUAACACAUGCUACUGAAGGGAAUCUCUAACAUGAUAUUUACAAGAAAAAGUCAUCCUGUGGUGACCUUUCUAUGUCAUUCUGUGGAGAUAAAAUUAUUUCACAAAUGCUGCUCCUCAAAAGUUCAGCCAUGACUUCAAAAAAAGUUCAUGUUUCAUCCUCCUUCAGCCUGUGGCUGAACAAAAAUCUGGUCAUAUGAGCAUAAUAGCCAGGCUGUUGUUGCAGUGACAUUCUCCUGUCAAAUGUGUGUACAAAGUCACAUAAACUUGCAGCCUUUACUCAGGCAUGUUUCAGCAGAAGAUUUUUGCCCCAGGCAAGAGAACUGUGUAAGGUUAAAAAAAAGAAAGAAAAGGAAGCCAGAGUUUAGUUCUACCUCGUGUGUGUGUGUGUGUGUGUGUGUGUGUGUGUGUGUGAACAAUUUUUAUUUUCUUUAUCUUAAUUUAUCAUAAAAUCAACAUUUUAAUGCAAGAGUAAAUAAAACAAGCUAAUAAAGUGCAUUCAAAACCCCAUUUCUGUCUGGCUUGCCUCUUAUAUGUAUGUUGUCCUCUGAAAUUCUGAAUGUAGCAACCAGAUACUGUAAAAACGCAUUGGCUUUUAUUUACACAACUGAUUAUAAUUAACUAAUGAUUAUAACCUAACUGUUGUUGACAGUCAGGCCUUAGAAAAAGAAAAUAAUUAACAUAACUUAUCUAUGUAUCAUUGACCUUUUGAUGGGUAAUGAUUUGACAGAAAUACAGUUCUCUCUCAGAAUAGUUUCAGGCAUGCUGUGUUUCUAAUAGGCAUAGUGCAUGAAAAACAACCAUAUUUUUCAUUAGCAUUUAUUACUUCCAUUUUAAAACUUCACUAGUUUACAUCCACUAAACUGGAUGCAAACCUCAGUUCAUUUUAACUUCCUUGGAUGGAGGUGUCAAAUUUAUUUAUCCCACCUUUUUUCUUUUCACGGUGGCUUACAUAAACCUCUCCAUGUUAUCCUCAGAACAACAACCCUAUGAGGUAGGCUGGGCUGAGAGUCUGUGGCUGGCCCAGAGUCACCCAGUGAGCUCCAUGGCUGAGUGCGGACGAGAACCUGGAGCUCCCAGAUACCCAGUCUAGCAUUCCUUGCUGGCUCUGUUUAUCUCUGGUGCUCAGAGUGCAGUCCUAUAUGUACCAACUCAGAAUUAACCCCCACUCAGCUCUAUCAUCAUCAUCAUCAUCAUCAUCAUCAUUUUAUUUCUGUAUUGCCCAAGAGCCAAAGCUCUUUGGAUAAUGAACAACAAAUGUUCAAUCAGACUUGUCUCCAGGUAAGUGUGUAUACAGUUGCAGUCUGCAUCUAUCUUCAACAAGAAAAGUCCCUCUCCCUCUCUAAACAUGUAUGACUUUAUCAAACCAACUACCAUGUUUAUGGAUUUCCCUUACAGUCCAAGCUCUGAUUCGAUAUGACUCUUUGGAAGAAAUAAAUAUGGCUUUUAUUCCUGCAACAAAAAUAGCAAGUUCAUAAAUAAUCUACUUGUGCUUCAUGUUUCUUGCUGUGACAGAAUCUUUGCCACUGGAGGUUGAAUGGUAAACUUUAUUGUCUUGGACAUCAUCUUUGGGACUAGCUCAUAUAUAAUGAGGUAGAAUUUGUUCCGAUACUGCCAUGUCUUUUCCUGCGCCUUAUGUGAAAAGCGGCCCGUGUGAAUCUUCUGCGAGGGCUCUUGGUGCUGUGGUCAGAAGGAAAGGGACCAUUGCAACCAAGCAGUAUGAAUGCCUGGAAUAGGAUGCAUCCACCAAGCAUUUGAGAGGCAGGUGAGCAGAUGGAUCAGCACAGAUUCCUGCUUUUCCCACUCUAAAGCCUACAGCUUUAGAAGCUUCUGCAGAGAUCUUCAUGGUAGCUCUCAGGUAUUCCUUCAUAAUCUUCUGUGAAUGGAUGACACACCCUUAAUGUGUUUCGGUUUGCUUUCUCCACUUUUAGCACUUGGGUUGGGGAUUCAUUAAAUGCUACUGAAGGUCUUAAGUUUUGUACUCCCCAGCAUAACUGGUUGAGGUCCAUAUUGAGUUUCAACGUUCAUCAUCAUAUAUAUUGAGGAACAGUUUUCAUUGACUACUACAUCUGAGUCUAAUGAAGUGAACUCUAAACCAUGAAAAUUAAUGCCAGGAUUUUUAGUCAGGUUCUACAAGAUUCCUUGUUAUUUUUAAUUUGAUGAACAUUGCUAGAACUGGGGUGUUAUACCAGUAUAAUCUACCUAACUCUUGGCAGUUACAAAACUAGUUUUAAUAUUAAGUAUGAGAGCUCAUGCCAGUUUGCUGGAUAAAACCAACAGCUGCAAAAUAAGCAAAAAAGAAAUACACAUCACUGGCUACUCAGUGUUCCCCUGUAGCAAGCUAGUUAAUUCUUAGAAUAAUGAUUUGAAAAAGUGUUUUUGGUUUUUUUUUUUGAAGCAUUGAUAUGGUCAAGUAGUGGUUUCAUGGACAGGAGCAUUUUCAGAAGACAAUUUGUGAAGGGAAACAUCACCACGUGGCAGUGAAUUAGCACUUUGAGGCUACCGCCCUUUUGUUGCAGCCAUAGAACAAAGCCCUAAGGAUCCAACCUCAAGAAGGUUCUGUCUCCAUCACACUCUUCUCACCGGCUUUUGCCUUCUUGCCUCAGGAUCUACUCUCAGUGUGAAACACCGUGCAUUUAGACCCAGACUGUUAAUUGAAACUGUUCUAUAAAUGAAAAGUACAUGACAAUUGUUAUGUAGCAAUUGGAAAAAUGCAGACUGGGGAAAAUACUUGUGGAUUUUCCUUCUAUCUUCCUUUGGCACUAGGAGCCAGAGUGGUGUAGUGGUUAAGAGCACAGGUCUGGGACUCAGGAGAUCUGGGUUCUAGUUCCCACUCAGCCAUGAUGGAGCCAACUGGGUGACUUUGGGCAAAUCCCAGACUCUCAGCCCAACCUACCUCACAGGAGAUAAGACUGAAACCAGCAGGAGGAGAAUGAAUUAAGCCUCUAUGAGUUCUUUAAAAGAGGGAUAUACAUCUAAUAAACACAAUUUUUGAUACCAAAACAGAUUUGCAAUUCUGCCUUCUCUUGCUGCCAUUGUGUACAGGUAUUGAACAGAAUACUUGGAUUAUUUGCAUUCCACACAGCUCCACACACAUACACACACACUACACGAUUUGAGGCUGAUCAGGAUGCAAGCCAAGCCAGCACUCAGCAUUUCCUUUUCAUGGCAGCCAUGUUUCAUCUUCUUAUGGCUGUGCAUGGCGAUCAGCCACUAUUGCUCACCCAAAAUCUCCCAAGUGUACAUGAUCAAAUGUGUUUUUUUCAAUUUAUAAAAAAGUGGGUAGUUUUUUCCUUAAAAGCCACGAUUUUGCUCUAUUCCUUCAGACCCCAUCUGUUACCAGGUGAUCAACUGUGGACCCAUUUUGGCACUCCACAUGUGAGGCAUCUUGUUUGAAAAUAAGAUUCUGGCACAGACGGUACCCUUCCUUUUUAAAAUAGGUGAAAUUACAUGAACUUACAUCAUAAGAAUGCUGUACAUGUGUGCUGUCCUUAUUUUAAUCAUGUAGGCAUUACCAGGAUUAGGAAAUAAUUAGGUUUUUUAAAAUUUCCCCUCAAUAUUUAUGUUAGUUUUUCCACUUUUAGGCUGUAUGGCUUCUCUAGAUGAUCUUGACAACAUACCGAGCUGGUCCAACUUGAAGCUUGAUUGUUCACUGCCACUGACCCACACGGCAAGCAAUGGAAGGCAUGUUAGCUCAGGGAAUUUGGCAGUAACUAUUCUGUUUUACACACACAUUAGAUGACAAUAAAAGUUGCUUCUCACACACUGGGAUAAUUUUUUAAUGUUUAUUGCUGCUUUUCAAAGACAUGUUGUGAACUCCUGUACGUUGCAAUCACGUAGUGUUGGGAUGGGAGGGAAAAUUGAUCAGUUAUUUCUACCCAAACUGCCCUCAUCCAUAUUUCCCAAAUGUGACCCAGAAUGUGAUUCUCCUUUGCUUUUUGAGGCUUCCAGCCCCAAACUGCAUACAUUAGGAAUACACACACACACACACACACACACACACACAAAGAGCCUAUAUUGUGGGAAGUCAUUGGCAAAAUGUGCAUAUAUAUGGAAACAUGCAGCAUGCAUACAAAUUUUCAUAUAAACAAGCAUGCAGUUUUUUGUGCAAAAUUCUAAAUCAUGAACUGACAGAAAAACAAGGGAGAAUGAAAUUUUGCUUGAAAUGUUAUAGAAAGUGAAGCAAACAGAUUUACCUGCCUUUACCCUCUGGAUCAAGAUUUUAGGGGAGACAGAGGCUGCAGAUGGGAUGCACGGGGUAGUUAGCAAAGAGCUCCCAUCCCACUGCUUACAGAUUGAUUCUUAGAUGCAAGCUUUCGUAACUGACAUGUAUACGCUACAAAGAUGUCACUUGCUGGUACUUGUGCCAGUGAAGCCUGCCUUGUGUUACGGGCUUCCAGGCAGCUUGCUGCACUUGACACCCAUCUUUCAGGAGGUCCAGAACUUAUUAGACAUGACAGGGACGGGGUGGGAGCGUUCAGCCUGUGUGGACUGAGUGAAAGGAGCACAACAAAGGGUAGCCUGGACUGUGAAAUAGUGCUGAUGCAUCCCCAAACCUAGUUUUCUAUAGACAGGGCAAAUCGCCUUUGUGAAGCACACAUGUGACACAGAAAGCUCCUGCUUAGUUGAUGUGCAGUCACCAGAACCUGAACUGUGCACACACAUUUUAUUUUCAAAAGCUGUCACAUGAGGGCAGCGCCAAAGCAUGUGGCUGUGAUGUGCAGAGUUGACUGGGGCGGAGGCACUAGAGGGGUGUGUGGGUGCGCGUGAGUGAAGGAGGAACAGAUUUGUUGAAUUGGGUAUGAGGAUGGAGGGAUGUGUGGAGGAGGCCUGAGCAGAAGAGGUGGAAACAGCUGGAUGGGAAACUAGGAAGAUGAAGAGAGAAAUUUCCAAGGAAUGGGGGAAAGAAACAUGGUGCUCCCUCUCUGUAGAAUGGGAUUAGCAUUGUCCCCUGCCCAGGACUCAACCAGCCUGACUUUCAUUUGUACAUCUGCUUCCAAAUUCUUCAAUGUGCCUGCAUUUAAAAUCCAUUAGCCUUUGCCAAAGAGUAGUGACCUUUCCUCCAGGAUUCUGCAUUUCAUGAAUUAGUUAGCUCAUCUGCAGAAACCAUUUUCCAAGAUGUAAGAAAAGCAAGGUGCAGAGGUUGGUCCCAGGGUCCUUGCAGAAGGCAACGCUCAGAAUGCUGGAAAACCACAGGCAUUUUCUCCUUCCUCGCCUGGUUUGUAGGAACGUGUCUGUAGGUUAAUAGGUUUCAGUGCAGUGAAAUGUUCCCUUUGGUUUGGAUGUUUUGUUGGAUGCUCCCCACUGACCUCUUUAUUGGCCAGUGCUGAGCCAUUCUAUGGCCUCUUGAUUGCAGAAAGGCUCUGCACCACUUCGGUGCUUAAAUCCUGCACUGGGAUAUGGAAAGAGGACCUACAGGGUAGCUGAGCAGUGCUCUGCACAGCUGUUUGCAGCAUAUCCCCCCUCGUUGACAGGGGCACAUGUCGAAUUCGCGUGCUGAGAUCACAUCUGUGCGGCUGGUAUGCUUGGAAUCAGCCCUUCAUGCAGUUCCUUUGUGCAGCCUCCCUAGUAACAACCAUGCCACGAUCCCUGUUAUCCCAGUUGUUAAACUCCCCGCCUUUUGGGGGCGGAGUAGGUUUCCUGUUAAUUACUUGUACAGCAGAGAGCUGUUUUAAGGGAAAGGGACAGCUGGCACCUAAAGUAUCUGGGCCAUUGUUAUCUGUUGUCAGGAAGGUCAGGAAAGAGAUUAUGUCUCCUUAGUCGAUGUUCAGCUCCAGAAUUGCCUUUCAGGGAUUUUGCAGGAAAAAGUGAUGCUUCUGUUAUUGUAUCUCAUACCCAGAUUUUAUUUUAGCCAACAAAACAUACUUAGAGUGCAUCUUUACUCAUGUUAGGGGAUUGAUUCCUGGCUCAAACUUUUCUGGGAAUCUAACUUCUCCACUCUCACAGCUCGAUUGUAGACUCCCUGUUUCAAGAGAUUUCUCGAAAGGAAACAUCACUCAAGGAUUUUAAGCUACUCAGAGAACUUAGUAUUAUAGGCAGUGCACAAAUGCCAUUAAACAAACCUGUUCUUUUUCCUUAUUGCAGUUGGAUAGGCACAGUGUAACCAUUUCCAGACUUUUUCAUUCUAAGAUGCUAAGCCAAGGCAGCAUUUAUUUAUUGCCUAAUGGACUGUUUAAUUCUAGCUCCCUUACAUUAGUGGAGGGUUUGCCUGAUACUGUUUGUCUACCCUUCCCCUUAUUGGUCCCUGGUCCCUCUGAACAUGUGCUGUGUAGAUCAUGCAACCAACACAGCUGGAAAUUCACCCUGAAGAGGAGAGAGUGUUUCCUUGGAAGCACAGCAGGAAAUCUUGAAUUGAAAUGCAUUGCUGGGUUACAGCUUCAUUGAGACUAAAGCCCCAUGCAUUUUUUAUGUCUCCAAAGGUCAUGUUUCCUCCUGAUAAGCCCAUUUCUCGGUGUUACUCUGCUCUCUCCCUCCCUCUCCCUCCCUCCUGCAUCUCUACCCAGUGAUGAACACAAAUGUCAGAAACCGACAGGUGGACUUAUCCACACCAAUCUCCAUCUUGCUCUGACCAGGCAUCUUAUGGCAGGUUCUGUGCCUUUUUGAGAAUGUCUCCCCUCCCUGCCACAACCAAGAAUCUUUACUCAUUUUAAAUCAUUAUUGCAUCAUUGCUGUGAUUCAAAGGCCAAUUGCAUUUUUAAAGGUGUACGAAACUAAGGCUAGGAAGGUGGUUUUGUGACCCCACAGGUACCAGGGAUCCAACACUGCUGCUGGUUUCUGCUGACCAUUUUUCCCCCCCGGAGCACUAUCUUGGCAGAAAUUGUAAAUGCUCAGCACAUGCCUCUAGAAACUCCGCCACCUCAACAACAUAUUUCUACAUGCACUUCAAAAGGCCUGCAUCUCAUCUCCUACUCUUGUUCUUAAUUCUGCAGCAGAAGUACAGAUAGGAAGCUAGCAGGCCCUGGCUUGUUGAGCCAUUCAACCUCUCCUGGUUUGGUUGAUUUCAACUGGAAGUGCAGUUAAUUCUGUUUCUCAUUUAAAAUCAAAACCAUAUUUAAAGUCAAAUGGGCAGCCACAGGGUACAUAAACCAGAAUCCCUGGCAAUUGAAGCAUUGACCUAUGUUUUCAAUAUAAUUUAGCUACUGUGAUUCAAAGUAGCUUGAAGUUGGCAAAAUGGUCUUUGUUUCAUGAUCUGACUGUGAUGAAGGCGGUCAUUUCAGAGGGCACCUUUGGGCAUGGCUAAGGGUAUCCAUGCACACAACAGAGUCUGACCUGAAACAGAGCAGCGUUUCUCUUGUCUGAAGCAAAGCGCUUCCGAUCACAGGAACAAACACUGAGUGAAGGCGAAAGGGCAGUAACCCCUGGUUAGUUAUUUAACCUUAAAAGUCUGGACAAUUCUGAGGCUAAUCGUAUCUUUGAGGAACAUCCAUUUAGUGCAAAGAGUACGUUCAGCGAGUGUCCCCCUUUUUGUGGGUUUUUGGCAUGCAGAAAUGUAGCUUCCUGUGUGUGUUUGCAUUUUUGUGUGACGGUGUUUAUUGCUGAAUAUUGUUUUGGAUGGGAAUGUUUUGAAGCUGUUCUAACAUUGCUCACUCUUCUGGAAAGAUUUAAAGCUUAAAUCUUUUUAAAAAUAGUUUACUCACCAGCCCUUCCAGUGACUUCAUUGAGCUUCUCUGGACCAUAUAUUAGAUCAGUCAUCAUGGUAACAGCACUAGCAUCAUUCAGUCCUCUUUCCCCCUUCUCCUUUCCUGCUUCCCAGACAUGUUUUUCAGUCCUCACAGUUGGUUGGUUAGUGCUUGAUGUCCAAAUAAGUGCUAGGAAGAUGGGAGCUCCCUUGGCAUAUGGUCCAGACAAGCUCCCUCGUUAUUACUCCAGGUGUCCCUGCUCAUGGCAUUCCCGGUUUUGUCUCAUGGUGUUGUCAUGCUUUGGGGACUCAUAACGACUUGCCAUUUUUAAAGAGCUGCUCUUCUUAGUUUCUCUUUUCUUGGUGUGGUUUCUUCAUCAGCAACAACUUAGAAAAGGAAAAAGUUCUAAUCUCCAUUAACUGUGUGGCUAAAUUUUCUCCCUCCACAUUUUAGGUUAACUAUUUAUUUGCCUAUAUCAAAAAGAAUUUGGUUGUCGGACACCUUGACAUUUUUCCAGUUAAGUGAUGCUUCUAGCGAUGCUCACUUUGUAACAUUAACCAUUGUGGGUAUGUGUGAGUGCCAACCAUUUUGUUUGUGAGAUGUACAUUCCCUGAAUGGUGUAUAUCAGUUAACCUUUAUGAAGCUGUAUCUUGUUGCUGUAGCAUUCCUGGAAUGUAGUGUGUUGUUUGUUAAAAUUGCUGCUUAAAAAUAAAAGAGAGAGGAGAGGAAACUUUUCUCUCGGAGAGUUCAAAAAUACUUUUUUGUGUAUUGUCAUGUAAAAUAAACAUUCUAAAUAGAACUAA